AUCAAAUAUACAGUCUUCCUAAGAUGGCUUGGUUUCUCAGCUUACUUUUCUUCUUCCUUAUCUCUUCCGUCACUGCUUGUGAUCGAUGUGUUUAUCAAUCUAAGGCUUCUCAUUAUUACGAUGAUAGACCUACUUCAUAUGGAGGGACAUGUGGAUAUGGAAGCUUGGAGUUUGAUAUCUCCAAAGGAUUCUAUACAGCUGCUGGGCCUUCCCUUUAUAAACAAGGAAUUGGCUGUGGUGCAUGCUAUCAGGUGAGAUGCAAGAACAAGAGAUUGUGCAAUACAAAGGGGACAAAAGUAGUUUUGACAGAUCAAAAUUAUGAAAAUAAAACAGAAUUUUUUAUGGGUAAAAAAGCUUUCUCUGCCAUGGCUUUAAAGGGCAAAGGUGAAGAACUUUUGAAAAUUGAUAACUUGGAUGUGGAAUACAAGAGGAUACCAUGCGACUACAAAAGCAAAAAUUUGAUGGUGCAAGUUGUAGAAUGGAGUAGCAAACCAUACUAUUUGGCCAUCAAAUUCCUAUACCAAGGUGGUCAAACUGAUAUUCAAGCAGUUAAUAUAGCUCAGGUUGGUUUUCCAAAAUGGAGUCCUAUGAAAAAGCACCAAGGUGCUAUAUGGGAUAGCAAUAAUGUACCAAGAGGAGCAUUACAAAUAUCAAUGAUGGUAAGUUCAGGAUAUAAUAGAAAAUGGAUUUAUGCAAAUUAUGUUCUUCCUGCUGCUUGGAGAAAUGGAGAGAUUUAUGACACUGGAAUGCAAAUCAAAGACAUUGCUGCUGAAUAUUGCCGACCUUAUAACUGUGGAGACAAGCCAUGGAAUUAAAUUAUACCAACGUAACCUUUCACAAAUUUAUGUGUAUUUCUUUCUUAUUUGUUUACCAAUGUGACUAAAAAAGAAUUCAAUAGAAUUCUACUAUUAAAUAAAUGAUGAAAUAUAUUGUUAAUAAGUUUGAUAGAA